AUGUUAUCAUUAUUUCCCAGACGCUGUUGGGUUUGUUUUGCUACUGAUGAAGAUGAACCUUGGUCACAGUGGGUAAAGCCUUGCCGCUGUCGUGGAACAACAAAAUGGGUUCACCAGAUAUGUCUGCAGCGCUGGAUCGAUGAAAAACAAGCUGGGAGCUCUACCACUAAAGUUUCCUGUCCGCAGUGCAAUACGGAAUAUAUUAUUGUCUUUCCCUCUUUGGGACCAUUACUACAAACUGUGGAGGUCUUAGACAAGCUAAUCAACAAGGUCUGCCCUAUUGCUGCAGCGGGAGUUGUUGUGGGCUCACUAUAUUGGUCUGCCGUCACUUACGGAGCUGUAACAGUCAUGCAAGUUUUGGGUCACAAAGAAGGACUGGAGGUCAUGGAGAGGGCUGACCCCAUGUUUUUAUUUGUUGGACUUCCCACCAUUCCUUUGGCACUUAUACUUGGAAAAAUGGUUCGCUGGGAGGAUCAUGUGUUAAGGUUGUGGAGGCGUCAUGUCAGUAAGAUGUCAUUCCUUAGCUAUAUUCUUCCGCAUUUGACAUCUGGUUUGGCCACACGCACACCUGCUGAGCCCACGCCACUGUCGGACCCAGUCUCUCUCACCAGACUACUCUGUGGAGCAUUGAUACUACCAACAAUUUCCACACUUAUUGGGAAAGUAUGUUUUGGCUAUGUACAUUCAAGCCUUCAUCGAGCCUUGUUGGUAGGUAACUGCUUUGUCUAAUCACUUAGGGACGGACCAUUAGAAAAGUUAUGGGGGGGGUGGUGGGGAAUUUUCGAGCUACAGGAAUUUUUUUUGUUAUCAAAUUCUUUGUAUGAAUUUUUUUUUGAGGCCAUACCAUGAAUAUUUUUAGGGUUAAUUGGCGGGCAUGAAUUUUUUUGUCCUUUAAUUUUCUCUUGCGUGAAUACUUUUUGGUACUUUGCCUGCCCCAUGCAUAAGUUUUCUAAUGGUCCGUCCCGUACUAAAACUAUUAUCACUACUGUGUGGCCAUGUUAUUAGUUUAUAGCCAAAAACUGUCAAUGUGCUUAUUUAUGCAUUGCUUUGUCAGUAUAACAGAAUUUUACUGUUGUAUGCCUUCAGCAUGUUAAUGCCACACGAUUUACAUUUUGAGGUGAAAGUACACAUAUUUAAUUGAUUAAUUGAUACUACCAACAAUCUCUACACUUAUUGGCAAAGUAUGUUUUGGCUAUGUACAUUCAAAUCUCCAUCGAGCCUUGUCGGUAGGUAACUGCUUUGUAUAAUCACUUACUAAAACUAUUAUCACUACUUUAUGGACAGAAUUUUACUGUUGUAUGCCUUCAUCAUGUUAAUGCCACACGAUUUACAUUUUGAGGUGAAAGUACACAUAUUUAAUUGAUUAAUUGAUACUACCAACAAUCUCUACACUUAUUGGCAAAGUAUGUUUUGGCUAUGUACAUUCAAAUCUCCAUCGAGCCUUGUCGGUAGGUAACUGCUUUGUAUAAUCACUUACUAAAACUAUUAUCACUACUUUAUGGCCAUGUUAUUAGUUUAUAGCCAAAAUGUGUCAAUGUGCUAUUUAUGCAUUGCUUCGUCAGUAUUACAGAAUUUUACUGUUGUAUGCCUUUUGCAUGUUAAUUCCACACAAUGUACAUUUCAAGGUGGAAGUACAGUCGACUCCCGGUAACUCGAACCCUCAUUAACUCGAACCUCGCGCUAACUCGAACCAAAAUCGAUUUCCCCUGGAUUUCCGUCAUACAUUCACUGUAAUUUUACCCUCGGUAACUCGAACCCCCGAUAACUCGAACUCCCGCUAACUCGAACCAAUUUUCGUUUCCCCUCCGGUCAUUUCCUAUAUAAUUUUACCCUCAAUAACUCGAACCAUGUUUUGAGCCCUUAAAAAGUCGGGGAAAAAGCCGUCCUCUGGCGUCCGAAACAGAAUUUUGGAUUUCCUAUUGACGUGUUGUGGGAGUAUAGGCUAAUGUUGAUGGUCACAGGCUAACGUGAAGCAGCUUUACUUCUCAAAACAGUAAAACGCAUGCUCUAUUUCGGCUAUGUUUUGUUACGUUACGUUCUGAUUUAUAAUCUACAAGUAUCUUUUAAUUUUCACUUGCAUUUCUACAAGUAAAUAAGAUUAAAAUGUUCACUGUGCAGUAAAAACUGUUUUUUACCUUACUCUCGGCUAUUUUCUUCAAGCUCCCGAUAACUCGAAUUUUCGAUUUCCCUUGAAGGUUCGAGUUAUCGGGAGUCGACUGAACAUAUAAUUAUUAAUAUAUGCAAAAAACUUUGGAAUAACAAUGUUUACUUCCAGUGCACGGUCAUAAAAAGGUAUUCAAAAAUUGCAUUUCUGCUUGACAGUGGCUUCGUUUGUUAAAUGAUAAAGAUCAUGACAAAAAAUAAGUACAGCCCUCAAAUGGCUGGAAAAAUAAGCUUCCCACAGGUUUUAUUAGAGAGAGUAGCAGAUAGUAAUGAAAUAACCUGUCUAUCAGUAAAAAAAAAAACGACAUACAUUGAAAAGGAUCAAACUUUUUCAAGUUGGAUUAAGGGGUUGGGGCUGGGGGUGGAGCGUCUCAUAGAUGCUGGCCUAGGACCCAUUAUGGAACAAACGCCUGCUUACACCCCUGUUAAGGGCUGUACAGUUAAUGUUAACGUCUCAUUGUACACGUUGGGAAAAGAAUGUUGUCUCCAUCUCUUGCUUUAAAGUUGCAGCUUUACUGCACUCUUGAACAGUGUCUUGUUGUUGUUCCAGGGAGGCAUCAGCUUUGUGGCAGUAAAAGGGGUCAUCAGGAUCUAUUACAAACAGCAGCAGUAUGUGCGACAAGCGCAGAGAGUUGUCAAAGACUACGACGAAGAGUGAACUGCAACAUACAGUACUGUUCACGUUAGUUAAGUAGCCUCCCACACAGAUGAACGUGAGCGUGAGAGUCUAACUUUUCAGCAGCAGAACAAAAAUUUUGUUAGCUUGGUAUAAUUAAUUGUUGUUGGCUUCCAACAGCGUAGAAGUAAUCUUCUUCACCUAGGUUCAUAGUAUUAAUUUUACCAUUCAAUUUACCGUGUAUGUAACCAUUAGGUGUUUAUAGAACAAAACACAGGAUGUAGCGGCUUGUUUUUCAAAUUUGCUAAAUCAUGCACUAUAACCUGUUACGUACUCAUUACAGUUCAACAAAAAAUUUGCUUUACAUCUGUUCGUACUUGCACUGACUCUUAGGGCUGGAAUUAUGUAGGUCAAGGAGAUAAGUGCUUUUGUGAGACAGGCACCCUGAAACGAACACCAAAAGUAUUAGUUCCCUGCCUUCCUGUAGUCUUCAGCUCAGUUUUAUGGCAGGAAUUUGAAGUGGAAGGAAAAGAGUGAAUGUAGGCGUGCGAGAAAGCUAUGGACUUGCGAGGAAUGAGGGGUUCCUUUCAUGUAGCCUGCGUAGCAAGCGUUUCCAUUUGGUUUCGGAGCAAAGAAAGACCGAGGAACGGGAUUCUCGGUUUUGGCCGCGCGAGAAAUGAAACAAGAGCCAAACAAUGAAAGUAGGGGGAGGGAGAGGGGAAGGAAGGUUUCCUUCCUUUCUUCCCCACCCCCUCCCUGCUCUUUUACUUGCGCCAUUUUUCGCGCGGUCUUUGACUCUCGUUCCUCGUUCUUUGCUUCUGAACCGCACGGAAACGCUUGCUACGCAGGUGACCUUUCAUGCGUUCGGGUGGCUUAAUUCGCUAUCCGGUCACUUCGUUCCAUGAUCAGAUCGUUCCACUUAAUAGUCAAUUCGUUCCACAACAUAGUCAGAAGUUUUCACGACUUUUUAAACUAGGAGCAAAACAUGGGCGUUACUCAUGUGUAUACCUCGCACUUUAAGCUAAGAAGUCAAAAACAAAGCGCGCUUCACACGCGCGUUUUACACUGAAACUGUGAAAUGAUCUGACUAUAAAAUCGAACCAUCUGGCUUGGAACGAUCUGAGCAUGGAACGAAGUGACCCCUAUACUGAACUCUUGAUUCAAACAUCCCUUUCCUUUCAUUCACCGCCACGGAGGCUAAAUUCCUUUCUUUGACUCUAUUAAGUGGAGACCACUUUAAGGUGAAUACUUAGUGCUGAGCUGGGCCCCGUUUCUCGGCCGCUCCUGGUUUGGAAUCUUUUUCUUACUGGCUGGGGCCCGUUUCUGGAAAGUCCCGAUGAUCAAUGGGUCCGGAAAGCUGUUGAUGUUUAUAUUCAAGAUCGAGGUUCAAUAGUUUCGCAGAUGUUAUGACAAAAAAACUACCAGGUAACGAAACAAAAUGGACUGGGAAUAUUUGAUUUCGGGACUGAGGCCCGUUUCUCGAAGGUCCCGAUAACCAUUCGGGCCCGAAAAGCUGUUUUAUGUUUGUCGUGUUUGCAUUCAAGAUCAAAGUUUCAAUAAUUUUGCAAAUGAUUCAAUGAAAUUAUAAGUUCAUGAAGUAAGAUUGACCGAUUUGUGAGCUAGGAAAUGUCGUACUAUUCACCAGGUUUUGAUUUGUAAAAUUAGCAUUCUGACCCCAAAAGGUUUACCGGCCUUUCGAGAAACGGGCUCCAGAAAGGUUACUGGGAAUGUGGAGAAACGGGCCCCUCGUCCCAACAGUCUCCUUUUAGAGAGAGUUGACUUUUGAAGUGCUUAGGAAUGUGUGAUCAUUUAUUCAUUCAUAUAUAUUCCCUAACAUCGCCAAAUUCAUAUAAUGAUCUACCCACGGAAUUCUCUAAUUGGGAGCAUUACAAGUUAAGCAAGAGAAGGUAUUCCACUGAUAAUAUCGAUUCUGAAUCGAAAUAAGAAUAAAUGUUUGGUUUGUGCGCGUUUUCCCUUACCUGUAACCCUCUUGAACAACGGGCGUCCAUUGUUAUCCACACCUUUUCCAUGCUUAUUUGAAACUGCAGGCAAAUAUUCAACACCCCAAAAGGUAUUUUACAAGUAUUGCAAUGAAAACAAAUAUACUUUAAUGCCAACAGAUUCUGGAAGGUUACGCAGAGCUUUCGAAACCCAUCCGGAUCACUUCAUCAGUGACAUCUACUGUUAUUCGUUUUCCCGUUUUCAUUAGGCUGCAAAAUUGUUCCGGCAUAAAUUGGGGGAAGGUGGUACGAGCCCUGAUCAAAGUUCAUUCUCGUUCACCGAGCAUGAAUUUUGCGGCCUCAUCAAAACGAGACUGACUGAAGUACUGUAACAGCAAACGUCACUGAUGAGAAAGGGGAUCCAGAUAAGUUCUGGAAGCUCACGGCGUACCUUUCAAAAAUUUGUUGGUACAAAAGAAUUAUACAGAUUGGAUUGGACGGUUCUUGAUUGGAUAGUUCUUGAAGUGCUUAGGAAUGUGUGAUCAUUUAUUUUUUUUGUAGUGAGUAGUAUCUUCUUAAUCAGAAAAUUACUUUCUACAGACUAAUAUGCAUACGCCAUUUACAAAUCUCGUUUGUUCAAGAUGAUGUUAAGUAAUGCUUUCUCAGCAAGCAAAAUUCACCAGCCUGCCUGAUGGGCAUUUGAGUGCGAAGGGAGGAGGGAAUCAAGGCGCGCGAAUACACUAAGGCCGCACCUCCUUUCUCGGGCGAAUGUCACGUUCUUGCUUGCCUUAAUUUCCCACCUCCCCGUUUCCUUUAAUCGCCUUCCACGCGGACAAAAAUCUCACAUUAUAAUAGGGUUUUGCCUGUGGAAUAUUUUGAAUGUGAGUUUUAUAAAAUUUUUGUGAAAUAGUGCCACAGGUACACUAAACUAACGAGUGAAAAUCGUUGUUGGAUGUCGUAAAUCUUACUAAGAACGCUUUUUUGUGUUGUUUGUUAUCUUGGUUUUCUUGGCCGUUUCAGCGUUAUGUAUUUCAGUGAGGUUUAAGGUUAUAGAGAGAAUAUCUUGCUGGAAUGGCUCUGAAACAGCCAAAAUACUAAUGCUAAGAAAACUUUCGACUACCCUUGACCGUUUGUACUUGGGUCUUGACUUUCCAUUUUAGAACAUGCCGGUGAAAUUAAU